AUGUGUCGCUCCUUCUCAAUCCACUUCCAAUGCACGCCCGACAAUCCGAACCACAAGAAAUCCUACCAGCAAUCGUGCCAAAAGUCCAAGAUAUCCAGAUUCAUCGAGCGCGGUAGUGCUGAUCCUGAAGCCCUGCGUGGCUACACGUUCAAAGCGAAUCGGUUGUGCCAGGAAUGUGACCCGGAGAAGAGACCUGUGCCGCAGCCGCCCGAGAUUGAGAAGUCUGGGAAGCAUGUUCUGAACGUGGAUGAUGGCAUGAAGGAGGCGCUGGUGUUGGCGAAGUGGGUUGAGAGCUUAUGA